AUGCCAUACAAAUGCAAACAUUUCAAAUCAAUGUGCAUAAGUGCAAGCUGUAUAUGUUGUCCCUUCUUUCUUUUGGUUCUUCUUGCAUUACUUGCAGGGAUAUUUGAUGAUGGUGGACUUCGAACUGCGACCUAUGUUGUAUUUGUUAUUGUGAGCGUCAGUAGAAGAGUCCAGGAGAGUUAUCAGGAAAGGCGAAAUACUGUACCAGAUCCGGAAAACAGCAAUGAAAAUCAAAUGUCAUAUUCAAUGGCAACAAGCUCUAUCUCUACCUUUAGUACCUCAUCGUCGUCACGAUCAUUAUCAUCUUUGUCAAAUUCUGUCAGCUCUAGUCUAAAUCUUUAUGACCUACAAUCACACAAUGGCACGCAUGUCACGCCACAAAUAGAAAAUAAUGAUGCCAUUAGAACAAACAACGAAGAUGACUCGCUACAGCAGACAACUACAAUUGUCGACCAUUGUUUUAUGAAAGAACCCGGGACACCACUAAGUUAUGAUGGGAAUGAAUCGUCAUUUGCAACAUCUUCAUUCAACAACAGUGUAAACUCAUUGGCAAUAAACUCUUGUAGCUCUAGUCUAAAUCUUUAUGACCCACCACCAAACGAUGACACGUACGUCACGCCACACGUUAAAAAUAAUGAUGCCACCAUAGAAAACGACGUAAAUGAAUCUCUACAUAAGACUUCGAUUACUACUCGACCCUGUAUGCAUGUACCUGAACCAGUGUGUCUAUAUGAAGAUUCAUCAUGCUUAGAACAAGAACGUCGUUGCGAAAUCACAUCGUCAAAGGAUAAUUGCCCUAGCAUGUCACCACCACCCUACUGUCUUUUUGUCAAAAGUUGCAUAGAGGAUAUAAGGUUCAAGGAAACACCAGAAUCAGUCUCGACUGAAGAACGACAAAUUGAAUGCUCAGUAUCGCGAACUAGUGAUAAAGACCCUCCCUGUUACGAAGUAGCUAUGUCGAUGUAG